CAUUUUCCAUGAUUACCUCUCACUGCUCAUAAUAUUCCGAACGAUUUAAGCAAUUCACAAGUGGGUUAAUAUCAAUUUCAUCAUAUUACCAAUUUUACAUCAAGAUGGACGUUAAUAAUUCUACCAUUGACAUGAAUGAGCUUUCUGGACUGGAUCUCGAUGCUGAAGCGGAUAUUGAGGAACUGAAACCAGCUAUACCAAUUCCACUUACUAGUGCUAAAGGACCUGGCCUUACAACGCUCAAAAUUGAGUAUAAUGAUGACCUACCAGAGUAUCCAACAAGUCAUAUUGAUGGAUAUUCAUAUGUUGUUGCAUCAAGAGGGCGAUCACAGCUUGAAAUGGAGCAACUUGCACAUGACAUCCAAUAUGCAAAACGACUGCAAUAUGGACAGAAACGACCAGUCUAUUGCCCUUUUUUUAGAUGCCAUGUCAAAAAAUGGACCUGGAAAUGCUCUGGAAUCUAUGCAUGUGAAUUUCUGAACUCAUUCCUUCAAUCCCGUCAUCAUACCUUUGUUGAUGAUGUUAUUUGGCAAGAAAUCCAAAAGUCUCAAAAGGAUAUUCAGCUCUUAGAGUCUGACCUUGGCAGACGGAAUGCAUACAGCUACUAUCGAUCCAAAGUUGCUUUCUUUGAGAAAGGCCUUGCCUGUAUUGACCAACACCCUUCUUGUAAACCAGUUUUCAAGAGAUACAGCCAAAUGAAUGUUCAUGGCGAAUAUGAUCCUUAUAUUGGCUGUAUAAAUGAAUCGUAUGGUGUCUUGACAAAACAUCAUAGAGGAGCAAUUCAAGGCCAUACAGUGAUUAACUUGCAGUUUCUUGAAGAUCUCUUUAAUAAAGAGAUUAUACCAGCGACUGAAGAGUGUGGUGUUUUUGAAUCAUUGUCAUCCCGACGAAAAUACUGUGGCCGGGAUCAUCCUCAAGGAUCAGGUCGAUUGCAACAUACACCUUGUGAUGUUAUCUUCAAUGCUCUAGUCCCAGUUGAUAUAGGCCAAUGCCCAUAUAUAUUAUUCACAUCACAUGGUGUGCAUAAACACCCACCACCACCCCCAACCAAAGCACCAGAGCGGAUCUUACAGGGAGUGAAAAGGAUCAUACAGCAGAUCCAUGAUCCAAGUUUAACCACUGCACAAUUCCUGCGAAAUCCACAGCUAGAGGCCUUUUGUCAGCAGCAUAAUGCUUCUACAUUGACAGAAAUCCACUCAAGCUUCUGUAAUAAAGAUCGAAUUGCAGCAAUUAUCCAAAAACAGCGCCUGCUUUCAUAUCCAAGCGGGCAGGAUGUCAAUGGUCUCAUUUUCCUUGAAAACACUGAUCAACAUAUUAAGGAUUAUAUCCAAGAACAAUAUCAUGAUUCACAGAAUACCAUGAUCCUAUGUGGCUUCAAGAAACAGAUUGAGCUUCUAUCUCAACUUUCCUCAUUUGAAGUUGAUAUGUCUUACAAGCGGAUCCGAUCUAAGAGCAUGAAUGAAGUGCUCUUUGCAACAUUCUUGCCAGACCAGUGUAAAGUCAUUACUUUACUACGGGUCUUUACCACUGUGGAUUCCACUGAGGGUUAUUAUCUUCUUUUCAAACGGGCCUUUGACUUAGUUCAGAAAAUUACUGGUCAUCCAGUACUCUUUGAUUCAAUUCAUGGAACUGGUGUUCAUGGGAUAAUUGUUGAUAUGGACUCAAAACAAUACACUGGACUUGGUAAAUAUUUGUCUGAAAUUGACCCUCAAAAUCACGAUGUGACAUGGCAUCUGCAACAUAUAAUAAUGUUUUGCCGAGUCCAUUUUCAACGAUCAAUUCUGAAUACCAUCGGGACCAGAAAUCAAGGAUCUCCACUUUGGAGCCGUAUGAUGAGUCUAUUAGACUGCAAAUCAGAGGCUGACUAUGAUGCUUUAGUUGAACUACUAAUCAAAUUUGAAGAUGCCAAUGUUCAGACAUGGGCAAUACAAAAGAAAAGUCCAGUUAUUAAAGCAGGCUUGAAUAAAGCAUGCUCUAAAAUCCAAUCUCAUUACUUUGCUGUUUUGCGCAAUCAUACAAAUGCUGUUGAACAGUCACAUCAAAAGUCAUACGCAUCUGGAAAGUAUUUAACAUUGACUGAAGCUGUUAAGAAUUCUGCAAAGUUGGACAAAGAUGAUAUUCUUCAAUAUGAUAAUUUCAGGAAAUUCAACAUUCAUCAUUCAUAUCGGACAUCAAAUAUGGAAGCCAACUAUCUUCGUCAUAUGAGUCGGGAAAACAGUCGCAAACGCCAACGCUCCUCUUCAACCCAUACUAGAUCUAGAAUAUCUUCAAAAGAUCUCCGUCGAACUGCUUCCACAAAUGCAUCAAGUUUAGAAGUAAGACGUCAAGAGCUUGAGCUUCGAAAGCUUGAAGCAGAUAUUAAAAAGCAAGAAGAAGAGACUCAAAAACAACGUCUUGAGAAUGAGAAAUUAGAGCUUGAUCUUAUAGAGCGGCGGAACAGAAUUCAGGAAUCAGCAAGUGAUCUCUAAGCAGUUCACCACCAGUUUCAGAUCAAGUCACAUCCUGUAGCCUAUGCAAGAAUAUAUUUUUAAUCAUCU